AUGGAUCCGAACCUAUGUGGUGGUCCAGACGACGUCUGCAUCAACACGCUCGGUGGCUACAAGUGUCAGACUGUCAAGUGUCCCAAGUCCUUCAUCUUGGUCAAAAGCCGCAUCUUCAAUACUGAGUUUGCCAUUUGUUUCUAUAGCUUUGAGUUUUUGUUUUCAUCUCAUGAUAUUUUUAUUUUGUUACGAUUCUUUGGUAAUAAAAAUUUUUGCAUGAGCGUAUUCUGUCGCAAGAUGCAGCAAACCUGUCCAUUCAACGAGCACGACUGUCUGAUCAUCCAAUCCUUCUCCAUCAACUUCAUCGUCCUUGACACGAGCAAGAUCAUCACCCCGAUGACGCUGCACGUCGUCAAGAUGAAGAUGACGAGGGGAAGCGAAAUGAGGUACAGUCUGGAGGUGGUGUCCGCCAUCGACCCUGCCACCGGAUAUGACGCAGGAAUUGAUGAAAGGAUUUUCUACGCCAAUAAGUUAAUUUUGUAUGAUUUGUUUGUUACUUGA